AUGAUGAUGAGUAUCGCUGUUAGGAUUAGCCACGCAACCAGAAGAUUGGCAGGAGAUGCAGUUGACAGUUGGUGUGUUGCUCGCUUUCCUUGGGAUCGAUUGCCGUUUGGUUAUUCCCGUGCUCAGAGCAAAGAGCCAGAGCGCUGCGCCAAGGCUGAAAGUUUACACCGCACGGAUAGAAAAGUAGAAACUGCCCGCCAAUUAGUGGGCAUGGAGUCAUUUAUCGUUCUCCUCUUCCUAUUUCUUGCGAGAGCGGAGCCGGCGAGCUACGGCAUUGGCGACGGCGGCAGAGAAGGGAAGUCUGGUGGAGCGGUUCUCCUUCCGCUCAGGGUGCAGGAGGUGGCGCCUCUGCCGCGAGCGCCGGCGAACAGGCUGCGGUUCCGCCACAAUGUGAGCCUGACGGUGCCGGUGGCCGUCGGCACGCCGCCGCAGAACGUGACCAUGGUGCUCGACACCGGCAGCGAGCUCUCGUGGCUGCUCUGCAACGGCAGCAUCCUGUCGCCGCCGCCUGUGCCGUUCAACGCGUCGGCUUCUUUGACGUACGGCGCUGUCCCCUGCUCGUCGCCGGCGUGCAUGUGGCAGGGACGAGACCUGCCCGUCCGCCCGUUCUGCGACACGCCGCCGUCCAACGCCUGCCGCGUCUCGAUUUCCUACGCCGACGCCUCCUCUGCCGACGGGCUCCUGGCUGCCGACACCUUCCUCCUCGGCGGCGCAGGUGCCCCGCCUGUGCCCGCCCUCUUCGGCUGCAUCACCUCCUACUCCUCCAGCACCGGCGCCAGCAACAACGCCAGUGAUCCCUCGGAGGCGGCGACCGGCCUCCUCGGCAUGAACCGGGGCAGCCUCUCCUUCGUAACGCAGACGAGCACCCGCCGCUUCGCCUACUGCAUCGCCGCCGGCGAAGGCCCAGGCAUCCUCAUUCUGGGCGGGGACGGCGGCGGCGCUGCCCCGGCGCUGAACUACACGCCGCUGAUCGAGAUCUCCCAGCCCCUGCCGUACUUCGACCGAGUGGCCUACACCGUGCAGCUGGAGGGCAUCCGCGUGGGGCGCGCCCUGCUCCCCAUCCCCAAGUCCGUGCUGACGCCGGACCACACGGGGGCCGGGCAGACCAUGGUGGACUCUGGCACGCAGUUCACCUUCCUCCUGGGCGACGCCUACGCGGCGCUUAAGGGCGAGUUCCUGAACCAGACGCGGCCGCUGCUAGCCCCGCUCGGCGAGCCGGAGUUCGUGUUCCAAGGCGCGUUCGACACGUGCUUCCGCGGCAUGGAGGCCCGGGUGGCGGCGGCGAGCCGGCUCCUCCCGGAGGUGGCCCUGGUGCUCCGCGGCGCCGAGGUGGCCGUGACCGGGGAGAAGCUUCUGUACAGGGUGCCCGGCGAGCGGCGAGGCAAUGAGACGGUCUGGUGUCUGACCUUCGGGAGCUCGGACAUGGCGGGCAUGUCGGCGUACGUGAUCGGGCACCACCACCAGCAGGACGUGUGGGUGGAGUAUGACCUGGAGAACGGCCGCGUCGGCUUCGCGCCCGUGCGCUGCGACCUCGCCACCCAGCGCCUCGGCGUCCGACUAUAA